UCCUGUGCUCUUCAGCCACCAUAACAAAUCUUUUCUCCUCCACAAAACGCUCUCCCUCUCCGUAAUUACAACUGCGCCCGUUGCCCGCCUUUUUUUCGCCGGAAACUUCAUCGGAAGCUAUUUUUAACUGCUCCAUCGCAAAGGGAGUUUCCUGAUUGUGCAUCGUGGCUUGUGAAUUGAUCGGUUGAAGUAGAAGCUGCAACAUGUCUUUCCAUGGCAAGGAAUUUUGGAUACCGAAAGGGGUUGGGCAUCCAGUGGAUGGUGACACAGUGUUUGAUGGCUCAUCUAGACUUGAAGCAAAGCGUACUCACCAGUGGCUAUCUGAAGCUACUGAACCGGAACUAAUUUCUAAUAAAAAACAAGCUGUUGAUGCGUCAGUCAGCAAGUCAGCUUCAGGGAUUGCUCUGGCAAGUUCUCUAUCUUGGGAGAAUUCAUCUACUUUUCAGUCAGUGCCAAACCAAUUCAUGGAUCGGCUUUUUGGAUCUGAUGCAACAGGGUCCGUAAGUUUAGGUGAAAGAAACUUGUCUCCUGCUGGCACAGAUUCCAAUUUGAGGAAAAAGGUGAUUGAUGAACAGUUUGGAAACGAUUCAUUUGUUGGUUUGUCAAUGUCUUACGGCAUUGAAGAACCAGAGACCUGCAUUAGUUACAGUGGACUUAGAAAAGUAAAAGUGAAUCAGGUUAAGGACUCUGAUGAUGGCUUAAAUGCACACAUGGAACAAAAUCUUGGUUUGCCCAUGAAUCAGGUGUUCAGUGAGGGAUCUGAAACCACUUUCAUACCAAUGGGGCAAGGUUAUGGUAAGCAAGAUGAAAAUGUCUCAUUGAUUGAUCAUUCCUAUGACAGCCAUGAUGCAAAUAUGAGACAAAUAGAUUCCACCUUGGAGAAAGAUGGUAAUAAUUCAUUAUCACGCAUUCACUCAUUCAAGAAAGGGGACUCUAGUACAAUAUUCUUUGGUGGAUAUCAAGAGGAACCUGAUCUUGAUGCUCUGGGAAGACCAAUUAGUAGCUAUGACUAUUUUUAUAAUCAAUCUACAGUACAAUCAUCAGAAACAGAAGGUAACAAGGAGUUAGAUGGGUUGAACGUGAAUACAACUGUUUGCACCACUCAAGUGAUUCAACCCAGAAUUGAUCCUGUGCCUAAGAAUAAGCCAGAAGCAAAACCUGCUGCUAAGAAAGAAGCUCCAAACAGUUUUCCAUCAAAUGUUAGAAGUUUGAUUGCAACUGGAAUGCUUGAUGGGGUGCCUGUAAAAUAUAUCUCUGUUUCUCGAGAGGAGCUGCGUGGGGUUAUAAAAGGUUCAGGAUAUCUGUGUGGUUGCCAAUCAUGUAACUAUUCUAAGGCACUUAAUGCUUAUGAAUUUGAGCGUCACGCUGGUUGCAAGACAAAGCACCCAAACAAUCACAUAUACUUUGAGAAUGGUAAGACCAUUUAUCAGAUUGUCCAAGAGCUAAGAAGCACGAGAGAGGGUGAGUUGUUUGAUGCAAUUCAGACUGUGACUGGUUCCCCAAUCAACCAAAAAGCUUUCAGAAUUUGGAAAGAGUCGUACCAGGCUGCCACUCGGGAGCUUCAGCGGAUAUAUGGGAAGGAAGAACUAAAUAUGUAGGUUCGGUUGUACUCAUGUGCUGCUUGUAAGAUAAGAUGUCAGUGAUUGUAUUCUGUACAGAAGAAACCUUCAAUUUUUGUGGUUGUGUUAAAUUUGUAAGAUUUCCUAAUCUUUCAAGUUUGAAGCAUUGCGGUUUUAGUUCGCUUUGUUA